AAACCCUUCGAAUAACAGCCAACUAUUUACCGAGGCAACUGCUCUUAUAAUAGGUUAGCUAGAUUCACGCCUGUCAGAACAAACUUUUCUUGCGUAGAUACAAAAAUCAAACAAAACUUAUUUGAUGGAAAGCUAUGCUUAAACCGGAAUCAAUACACGUCGAAAGAGCACUGUUUUAAAGGUGCUUGAAUGUAACUCAUGCUGUCGUUUAUUUGAAAAGAAGGCGUGUGAGCGUGACAAGACUGGUUUUCCGUACUUACGGUGAUGUUUAACAAACUACGGAUGGACUUUAAGCCAUGUGAAGUGCCACCAGAGCUGUAGACGCACUUGUUUGCGUCCAGUUUGUGGUGCUACGUGAACAGAGAGCAAAAGGGGGAAAAGUGAGGAAGUGAAACGGGCUAAUUACUCAGUCCAUCCCUCAUUUCCAUAUCCAGGGAGAGUGUCUACUGGCUCGCGGCCAAUCCCUCAUGCAGCGCAACGUAAUACAUGACCCUCUAUCAUUAUAACGCCGACAUGCGCAAUCUGCACAACGGUAACAACAUCUAAUAUCUCUUAUUCACUGACCCCGGGACUGUACGGGACUGCCUGCGUCCGAUGUUUCUGCAGAACGGAGCGCCGACGCGAAGCGCAGAGACAUGUCCCGAAGAAAGCAAGCAAAACCUCAGCAUCUCAGAUCGGACGAAGAAGGAGCACAGUCGGACAAAAGUCCGGAUAACGCGCUUCUGUUGAGGGAAGGCGAUGAGGAGGACAGCGGCACGGAGAGCCGCAGUGGAGGCGAAGAGACGCACGUGUGUGAGAGGUGCUGUGCUGAAUUCUUCAAGUGGUCCGAAAUGCUGGAGCACCAGCAGAAGUGCACGGAAGACCCCCCUGUGUUGAUAGUAAAGGACAAUGAAGAGAAGGCCAUUUCUCGAGGAUCGCCGACAGAGUCCCUCUUGAGUGCCCACAGUGACUCAGCAGAAAUGGAGGUCAGUGAGCUCAACUCUGAGCUGGCUGAGAAAGUUGACGAGAUGCCUGAGGAAACGCACAUCAUCGACCUGAAUGAACAAAUGGAUAUAAGUUUGCCCGAGCAUAAAACAUCAAACCUCAGCCCUCUACCACUUGACAAUGAAGACACCACCUCUUCGCCUGCACCACCUAUAACCAAUCACUAUGACAUGCCCAGCACCAAUGUGACCCUGGAGAUUCUUCACAGCACCCGAGUGGCCGUUGCUCAGUUUUCUCAGAGCAUUCACUGUGCAGGGUCUGCAGGCAAGCUGAACUCAGCUGCGAUACCCAUGAUUCUGGAGCAGUUGAUGGCGCUGCAGCAACAGCAGGUUCAGCAAUUACAGCUCAUUGAGCAGAUCCGCAGCCAGGUCGCUGUAAUGAAUAGGCAGCCUACGCAAGCCGCCCUUAAUCCUGCCUCAAAAAGCCUGCCCUCUGACUCUAACACUUACAAUUUCCAGGGCAUCGCUCCACCCCCUGUACUUCCAUUAUCUGGGGUCAUGCCCUCUGCAGUGAAUGGGCAGGCUUCUGUAUCCCAGGCAUCUAUGCUUGCGAGGCCACCAUUGCUGUCUUCCCAGCCAAGCAGUGGACAAAUCAGCUCUAGGGCACUGGAGAGUGCCCCUGCUUCCGUAAGUUCCAGCCCUCAUCUCUUCAGCUACAGCGGGGCUUCCCCUCUCUUGCCCACCUGUAGCGGAUCGCAUUCUAGUGUUAGUAACACCCAGUCCAUAAGCACUCCCAGCCCACUAUCAGCUGGCCAGAGUAGCCUCCUUAGCCCUUCUGCCAACCUACCAUUACUACCUCAAAGCCCUCCCAAUGGAGUCAUAUUUCCCAAUCCACUGGCCAGUAUCGCAGCCACUGCCAGUGCAUUAGACCCACUUGCUGCUAUGAUGAAGUACCGCAAGGGCAAACUGCCUAGCGUCUCAAUGUUUGACAGCAAGCCCAGUUCCGAGGACCCGUUCUUUAAGCACAAGUGUAGGUUCUGCGCUAAAGUGUUCGGCAGUGACAGCGCCUUGCAGAUCCACUUGCGCUCGCACACAGGCGAAAGACCUUUCAAAUGCAACAUUUGUGGUAACCGUUUCUCUACAAAGGGAAACCUCAAAGUCCACUUCCAAAGGCACAAGGAGAAGUACCCUCAUGUUCAGAUGAACCCGUACCCAGUCCCAGAAUAUCUUGACAAUAUCCCUACCAGUUCCGGGAUCCCCUAUGGGAUGUCUUUUCCUCCGGAGAAGGCGGGACCUACUUGGUUAGACAGCAAGCCUGUUCUUCCUACAGUGCCGUCCUCAGUGGGUCUGCAGUUGCCGCCCACAGUACCAGUUAUUGAAAGCUUAAGUGAUUCAUUUACAAGCACACCCUCUGAAAGAUCUCCACACAGGCCGUCGCCAGCCAGAGGUGAACUUGCACCAUCAUCGCCCAAUCCCACUGGAACUGAGACAGAUAUGUCCACCAUCGAGGCCUCCCCUAAAUCAAACAGAGAAGGAGAGAUCACACAUAGCUUCAACACAGAAGAAGUGCAUCUGCCAUCAAACAGUAUGACUAGAAACGCUAGCAACCCCAACAUCCUGCUUCCGCAUCCCACGUCUACAGAAAAAUCUGUUAAGGUAAAUGUAACUGAGUCCACUGAGGAUCUUUCAGCUGAUAAUAAAUCAUCUUCUCCUCCACUCAUUUUGGAUCAGUUCAAGGCCAAGUUCCCAUUUGGUGGUCUCCAAGAGUCUAUGCAAACAUCUGAGACAUCAAAGCUCCAACAGCUUGUGGAAAACAUUGACAAAAAGAUGAUGGAGCCCAAUCAGUGUGUUAUCUGUCACCGCGUACUAAGCUGUCAGAGCGCGCUGAAGAUGCACUACCGCAUCCAUACAGGGGAGAGGCCAUUUAAAUGCAAGGUUUGCGGACGGGCAUUCACCACAAAGGGUAACUUAAAGACACACUUUGGUGUUCACCGUGCAAAGCCUCCUCUUCGGAUUCAGCAUUCAUGCCCGAUCUGUCAGAAAAAGUUCACAAAUGCAGUUGUGUUACAGCAGCACAUACGCAUGCACAUGGGUGGGCAGAUUCCAAACACUCCUCUGGCAGAAGCCAUCUAUGAGAAAGAUACAGAUAUGGAGAGUUUUGACAGCAUGAGCACUUAUGAUGAUGACUGUCUUGAUGAUAUUUCAUUUGAAGAAGAAGCGGCUGUCAUCAUCUCGGUCUCGGCGUGCGCCGUGUGUCCGCGUCGGACUCUCGCGGUGCGCACCGGCGGCAGUCUCGAGCUCUCCUGCGCUCGUCCCUUCUCGUCGUGGCGCUCGUGA